CGAUCUGCCACCCCCGUGGAAGUCGGACGCGCUCGCUCGCGGCCUAUCGACGCAUCGAUAGCACAGCGCAGCUCGCGAUCAAUUCGAUAAAAAACCAGUGUUUGUGUUAUUUUUUUUUGCGAAAAAAAGGAUUUUGUUAUAAAAUAGUGGUGUGACGACUUGGACGAGGCGAGGUUUUUUUUCUGUUAAGACCAGUAAUGUCCAACUAGCCCCGAAUCCUUCCACAAUGGCGAGCGCAGGCGCAGUCCUCCUGGAGGCCAGGCCUUUUAGGCCCUUCAAGUCCUCAGAGGAGUACCUGUAUGCUAUGAAAGAGGAUUUGGCUGAGUGGCUGACAGUCCUCUACCCUGAACUGAGGAUCAAUGCUGAUAACUUCCUUGAUAGAUUGGACACGGGCGUUGCAUUGUGCAGGCACGCCAACGCAGUACGUGAUUCAGCUCGUUUGAUCCUCGACUCUCCUCAGCCAGAAUCAGAAGAUGCCCUCACACUGGCCAGGGCACUCCGCACCCGACCUCCUGUCAAUAUGCUCCCCGCAGCCAAAGCCGGCACAUUUUUCGCCAGAGACAACCUCUCCAACUUUAUCGACUGGUGUCGCAAAGCCCUGGGUAUCCUCGAAUGCCUUCUUUUCGAAACUGAUGACCUUUGCCUCAGAAAGAACGAAAAGCAUGUCGUACUUUGUCUUCUAGAAGUUGCAAGAAAAGGAGCAGUGCUUGGCAUGCCAGCUCCUUUGUUGGUGCAAAUGGAGAGGCAGAUAGAAAGAGAGUUGGCAGGAGAAGAGUUACGGCCUGAUGAUUCAGCCCUUGGACUGGUACCUUCAGGGCCUCAGCCGCAACUGGUGACUAAUGAUUUAAGAAGCUUAGACGAGAGGGUUAGAGACCUCGUGGAGAGGUGUUCCUGUCCCACUCAAUUCCCGAUGGUGAGAGUGUCCGAGGGAAAAUACAGGAUUGGUGACACGAGGUUGCUGAUUUUCGUCAGGAUUCUCCGCUCCCACGUGAUGGUUCGCGUCGGAGGUGGUUGGGAUACCCUCGCCCACUAUCUGGACAAGCACGACCCUUGCAGAUGCCGUGCCCAGCACCGCACCUCCCUCUCAGCUCGUCUCGCCCGCCCCAAGCAUGACCUGGCCGGCGCUACCGUCACCUACGAAAGACCAGACCCUGGCCCGACAUCCCUGCCCUACACCAAAACUGAGCCAAAGAGUUACGAACCCAUGUCUCUCCAAUACAACUCCAAAAUAUACAACGAAGAACCGAAGUCUGGACACUAUUUAUCCAAUCACAGACUCAGUGACGCUCCGACAAGCCUGCCUUAUUUGGGAGACUUGGACAGAGCUGCUUCUCCAAGCAGGAGGCACUUGGCUCCAAGGGCAAUCAGUCCUACAAGAAAAUCAUCCUCCCCGGAUCGAAGGACCAAGAUUGUGACUUCUAACCAUUUAGUCCCUACUCCUCAUGGGAUUAGGAAUAAGAGCCCUAGGCCAGUUUCUCCAGCUCCUGCAGCUGAGAGCGCUUCUGACAAUGGAUCUGAGGUGUCUGAUGAAGGGUACAGGAGUCUGGGUGUGGUGGCCGGGUCUACACAAGGAUCCCCUUCGACGAAGACUACGAACAGAUAUUCGUUGCAUAGCCAGAACUCGAUUGAAGACGCAGAGUUUAAUGAGCGUCUCGACCAAGACGAUGGCUGUCACAUGGACAAGAACGAACGAGUGGACGACCACGUGAGCCUAAACACUGGUCUCCGUAAGACUGACUUCUCCGACACCUUCUACGGAGGCAGGAAGCCCAGCUCCAUAGAAGAAAAGUCAAAUAGAAGCAGUCCCGACCGAGCAGUCGUCACUGAAAGCAACGAUUCUCCCAGCAAGAGCCUUCGAGUUACUCGAGAAGCUUCUCAGUCUCCCACAAAGACGAUUAGAAGCCGACAGGCCAGUCGGAUACCACACUCUCCUGUCAGGAAUCGUACACCCAGCCGGGGAAAUACACCCAGCCCCAAACAUACCGCAAACCCAGUGCAGACAUCCCCAAAACUAACGCCGAAAUUGCCGCCAACUGCCAGAAACACUUGGAGCGGACGCACAGCACCCGUCCAGGCCAAAGUAAAGUCCAGGCCAACCAUAGGAGCUGACACUUUUGAUAAUCCGAAUAAAUCUCCAAAAAUGAAGGCCAAGGCUCCUCAGACUGAAGCUUUCAAGAGGAACUCUCCACUCAGAGCCAGUAGUGCUACUCUUAGGUCCCCACCGAAUCAAAAACCUUUGAGUCCUUUAUUAGAGCAGAUCUUAAGAUCAACAGAGAGCGCGAAAGAUGACGCAACAGUUUUAGAAAAAAUGAAGGAGAUUAUUAGGACAUACUCAAAGGGAGACGACUCUCUUUCUAGAACUAGCUCUAAGGACUCAGACUAUGCUGACUUCACAUCAGCCUGGGUAAUGUCUGAUGGCAAAUUAGAAAGGUCAACUAGCACUAGGCAGUUGGCUGCUCCUAGAAAAGACCAAAGGAAUGGACCGUCUCGGAUACCGGCGCCAGUCUCUAUUGGCUGCAGAAGGUCCACAUCCACAUCACAAUUCCAAUGACAGGAAUCAGGAGAUAGUGUGGACACACUAACCAGUGACAAUUGAACUAUUUAUGCUAGUGUUUAGUUUGUGCAGAUAGGUCAAAACAAAUUGUUGGUUCGUGAAGAAAGGCAGCCGAUAUGGCUUUGAGUGUGAUAUUUUAGGACGGAGAAACAUAUUAUGGACUUUAGUAUCGCAUAUCUUUGUGUAUGUAGCGAUAAGGGCUAAGAUUAUAUGGAUUAGACAAUGCAAGCGGUCUCGGACGAGCUAUCUAGACAGUCUUACUAAGAUGCUUACAUCUGUAGGUCAUAAAUGAUUGUGAAAGACUAAGCUAGGCUGACGUUGUUCGAGAUAGCUUCCACACGGCUUCGACUUACGUGGCUAGCAGUCAAGCAGAUUACACCACGCAUUAGCUAGAUCUUUAGUUAGAACGGUGUAAUCCACACAAUGACGAUUCUAGAAUUGUAACUUAGUACUAAUUGUCGAUUAGAAAAUUCGUACUAACAAUUUUUAACAAAUUAAAUGGGUAACAUCAGCCAUUAUGAAUUUAUAUUUUUUUCCAUACAUUUGCUUAUGAACCGACUUUUAAAGAACUAAGGCUGGCAAUUUAUGGAUAAUUUAUAGAAUAUGCAAAGAUCGGCGACAAAAAAUUUGUAGAUUAUUUAAAUAAAUUGAAUUAAAUUUUGGAAAAUGUAAAAUACAGCACUCGAUUCUUAUUAAAAGUCGGUUAAAUAUGGUGCUAAGCAAUAAAAUGUUAGCUUUUUGUUGUUUAGUUAUUGUUAAUAUAAUUAUUUUUGGUUAAU